CAGAGGGGGUCCCUGUCCUUUUCCGGGUAUGUGUGGCGUGUGUCACCAAAAUGUAAACAAAGUGCCCACCGUUUGGAUUUACGUUACAAUACCAUUCAAACUUGAGACACUUUGCUCCGCUGGAGCAUAUCGGCGAUAUCUCCAUUAUUAUUCCCAAGCAGCGCAUGUAAAACUCUCGUGCGCGCGAUGCUAACGUUCGCAAGCUGACCGCUUGUGACAUCAACAACUUCUGCGAGAAGAGCCUAGUUCGCGACGUCAGAGGCCGCAGGCGAGCAGAUGGGUUCUGUUCGCUGGGCUUUUCGCUGCGGGUCGUGGACGCCUGGCAGGGAUGACUGGCUGUUUGCUGCUCGCUGUGUUCAGCCGGAGGAGAAAGACCGAAUAGGAAAGUUUGUGUUCGCUAACGAUGCCAAAUCAGCCAUGGCUGGUAGGUUGCUGCUGAGGAGGUUCGUGUGCGAGAGGAUGCACAUUCCGUGGGAACUGAUCCGCCUGGAACGAUCUCCGAGAGGGAAGCCUUACCUGGCUGCACCGCUUGACGUCAGACCCGAGUCGCCGACCUGUAGCUUCAACAUCUCCCACCAAGGGGACUAUGCGGUGCUGGCUGCUGAGAAGGGUUUGCAAGUCGGAGUUGACAUCAUGAAGAUGUCCAUGCCGGGUAGCAGCACUGUGCCCGAGUUUUUCCGCAUCAUGACUCGUCAAUUCACGCCAUACGAAUGGCGCGUCAUCUUGUCAGCUGGCUCCGAGCAGCAGCAGCUCUCCAUGUUCUACCGCCACUGGGCCCUGAAGGAGAGUUUCAUCAAGGCCAUUGGCACAGGACUGGGCUUCAAUCUGCAAAGAUUGGAGUUUCAUUUGUCCUCUGAAGCUCUCACACAUGCCCGUGUGCUCUGCCAGACCAGAAUGCACAUGGAUGAAGAGUACGACGAGGAUUGGCUUUUUGAAGAGUGUUUACUUGACUCCGAUCAUCAUGCUGCUGUAGCACUGGGACCAGUGAAGAAGUUACACUCUACAAAUACUACCUCAAGUCUUCCUCCACCCACUGCUUUCACACUGCUGUCGUUCAAUGACCUCACGGCGUCAGCCUCACCUCUUACAGAGGAAGACCCCGCCUACUGGGAAAGCUUCAAAAUGAAGGCUGAAGCACCUUUGAGACAGAGAGACACACAGUCCAGUCCCAAUUCACUUUGACGCAUUCUCUGAAGCCCAGAGAGCAAUACUGUUGCCUCACUUGAGCAAGUAGUGUUCCCCCGCUACAUUGAGGGAAUUCACAGUAUGGCCAGAACAUGAAAAGUCCUAUUUAAAAAAAAAAAACACACACACAUUCAAACACAGAAACAAAUGUGAAGCAGCCAUGGUAACCACAAAUACUCAACUAGUGUGCUGCCAUAAAGACUUAUGUGGUGGUCCAUCGAAAAUCUGCCUCAAAACGUUCAACAAAUGUCAAAACGUUACACUUGUUUGUAGUCCUCCUCAUAAAACUCUAAAGAAAAACAUAACCUCCAAUCUCAUUUCUGAUCAACCAAAUGGUGUCACUAUAAUUUAUGCUCUUAAACAUAAUUUAUGAUCUUAAUGUGUUGUAUAUAAUGCAAAUAAAGAUGCUCUAUUUAAAAGGGUAA